AUGUCCUCGUCGUCGACCACCGUCUGCCCCGACGUCGGGCCAUACAAGGGUAAGAUAACCCACAGAUCCUGGGCCCAGCUCCCUGAAGAGCUCGUCAGGCAAAUCGCUACCUUCUAUAUCCUGGAUAUGUCCUCAAAUCGUACUUACCCGACCAUGUGGGACUUUCGAGAGCUCUGGCAUGCCAGGAUGGCCUAUACAGCAAUACGCGACGGCAUGGAAUUGGAGAGAAUCAUGGCGGUAUGCCCGCAAUGGCUGAAAUCUCGUGAGUAUGAGUUCUCACUCACUUUGGAUGCUCCAUCGUCGAUUCUUGGGCCUUUGGGACGUCAUGAGGACCUGUAA